GGCGCCCGAAACAAAUUGAAACCCUAUUCCACUUCUGCAUUUUGCACCGGCGAUAAUGUCGAAACGAAGGAAGCAAUUUCUCACAUCAACUCCAAAUUCGCCGGAAAAAUACUCGCCGGCGGUGGCAAUCGUUGGGAGCAACUUAGAUCUGGUAACUGAGACACUUUUACGAGUGCCCGCUAAGUCGCUCAUCAAAUUCAAGUGUGUGUCCAAACAUUGGCUCUCUCUCAUCUCCGACUCCAACUUUGCUAUCAACCAUACCCGCCGUAACCCCACUCCUCCCGUCUCCGGCAUAUACGUGGGCGCCAAAUGGUCGAAAUCCCUAAUCCUAAAGGAUCAGUUUUCGCCUUUCUCUCUUGGUGGCCGCCGCGGAACUAGUAGUCUUCCGGCUCUCUCCUUUCUCCGUGAUGCUAUUUCAGGAGAUUAUUCAAAGGUAAGCCACUCUUCCAAUGGCUUAUUUUUGUGUCGCAACGGAAAUACGAAUUACUCGUACAUUGUUUGUAAUCUGACCACACAAAAGUUCAUACCACUUCCCAAACCUAGUUUCACUUCAUCUGGAUAUCUUUCUUGCAUGGAAGAACCUUACUUGAUUUUUGAUCCUACUAAAUCACCUCAUUACAAGGUUGUGUUAGUUAAUAGUUCUCACCUCCUCAAUGCUUCCCAAUUGGCUAUAUACACUUCCGAAUUUGCAUCUUGGAAGAACGUGAGUCUUGAACCUCGAAUUGACAACUUCAGACGCGGUGUCAUUUGGAAUGGAGGAAUUAUUUGGAGGAGUUGCUCGAGGUGCGAGCACAUCUACUAUCAAUUGGAUGUGGAUACAGAGAAGCUGACAGUAACUCGAGUGCCCCCAGACCCUAAUCUCUCGACAUGUGUGAUUUAUUUUGGAGAAUGUGGUGGCCGUUUGCUUCUCAUUCAACUUCCUAUAAAUGAUGCUAUGGAAUUCAAAGUGUUUGAGAUGGACAGAGAUGACUUCCGCUGGAUAGUGAGGUACCGGGUAGAUCUAACAUCCUUAAUAUUGCCGAAUAGAAGUAGAUGUGUAAUUUCUGUGAUAAGUGUUGUGAGAGGAGCAAACGAGAAUGAUCUCGAAGUGGUGUUCUACAACCGGGGCAAAGUCUAUUCCUGUAAUCUUGAGUACAGGACAAUGAAGGUUCUUUGCGAAUUGUCUCCUGGUGAGAUUUCAAAUUUCGGUCUUGCAAAAGAACUUCACGAAAGGUCUUAUCAAUUCAUCAAAAGUCUAUCCCCUGUUUGAGUGAUGCCUUACUUUUUGAAGAAAUGCCAUAACCUUGUCAUAUAUGGAUCAAAGGGUGAAUGUUUUGUUGUCUCUGAUUACAUUAGGUUAUUAUAAUCAGGAUUGUUUGCUACGUUGCUAUACCAUCUUUGGUCAUCAGUAGGUAUGAUGGAUUCUCCUAUGACUUCUUUUGUCACAUGGGAAAGCUAUUUCCUAUAAUCUGAAGUGUGGGGCACUGUAUGUUCUUUGCAAUAUGGAGCCAACUGAAUAUCCGUUUAUUGAAAGCAUAUGCAACUGUUUGUGUAAUGUCCUCUUACACUGGUUUUUAUGGACCUUUUAUUCUGCUUCUUAGUUCGAAACAUUGGGUAGCUUCCUAGCAAAUAGGCAAUUGGCGUACAGUAUAUUGUUGUGAUGUCUUUCCUUGUCAUAUAAGGAUAUCACAGUCUACGCUUCUGUUUAGAAUUCUCUAAACACCUGACGUGUGCUCUUAAUUAGUCCUUUUUCUUCAGUACAUUGCCCGGUAAUUACAUUCUAAUUGUCCC